UAAUUUAACAGCAGUUUAAAUGUACAUUAGAAAUGGAAAAAACGAACAAAGAUUUUCAGGUGCAGACGCAAAACUACGUUCCCUGCUGCCCCUGCCCCCACAUUACAUUGUAGAAAGCGAAUCACGACAAAAUAAAAUUUGAUUACAUCAGCAAGUCAAUCUUUUCAAAUUUCCCUUCAUCUCAUUCAACACAGGGGGUGGUGCUAUGAAGAAUUCAUCAUCAGAGGAAUUAGACUCUUAUUAUCCUGUUAGACCCGAAUGCAUUGCUGAUGUUCCCAAGACCCGCUUUAAAGCAAGGGUAGGAAAAACUCUUAGCGAAAGAAGAUGGAAUGCUGCAUUCUCUAAAGAGGGUUAUUUGGAUAUAGCAGGUGUUCUUAGACGAAUCCAACGAGGGGGGAUUCAUCCAUCAAUUAAAGGCGCAGUCUGGGAGUUCCUGUUGGGUUGUUUUGAUCCUGAGAGCACAUUUCAGGAAAGAAAUCAACUCAGAGAACAACGGAGGGAGCAGUAUGCUGCAUGGAAAUCAGAAUGUCAGAAGAUAGUACCUGUUAUUGGCAGUGGAAAAAUCAUCACUAGUGCUAUAGUCUCUGAUGAUGGGCAGCCUAUAGUAGCGGAUGAUGGGCAGCCUAUAGUAUCUGAUGAUGGGCAACUUAUAAAGUCUGCAACUAACACCAGUAAAUCACAAGAUAAUAAUGAUGCCACGCCAGUUGAUAAUGGUGAUUUUGACAAGAAAAUGAUUCAGUGGAAGCUUAGCUUGCAUCAAAUUGGUUUGGAUGUUGUUCGAACGGAUCGUACUCUUGUAUUUUACGAGAAUGAAGCUAAUCAGGCAAAACUCUGGGAUAUACUAGCUGUCUAUGCCUGGAUGGAUAAAGAUAUCGGCUAUGUUCAAGGAAUGAGUGAUAUUUGCUCUCCAAUGGUUAUUCUGCUUGAGAACGAAGCAGAUUCAUACUGGUGCUUUGAACGUGCAAUGCGUCGAUUGCGAGAAAAUUUCAAAUGCACCACAAGUUCUAUGGGAGUGCAAUCUCAGCUAAGUACGCUAGCACAAAUUGUUAAAACUGUCGAUCCAAAGCUUCAUCAGCACCUUGAGGAGCUAGAUGGCGGAGAGUAUCUGUUUGCAUUUCGCAUGCUGAUGGUACUUUUCCGCAGGGAGUUCUCGUUUGUUGAUUCACUCUAUCUUUGGGAGGUGAUGUGGGCCAUGGAAUACAAUCCAAACAUAUAUUCUUCUUAUGAUGACAAACGACAACCCAAUCUUUCUGAAUUGCUGUACGAUGAUAAACCAAAUGACAAGCAUAAGCUAAAAGAAUAUGGGAAGUUUGAAAGGAACAAUUUGAAAACUGGUGCCGCGGAACAGAAUAAUAGUGCUCUUGCUGUUUUCCUGGUUGCAAGUGUUCUUGAGACCAAGCACAGGCGACUUAUGAAAGAGGCAAAGGGCCUAGAUGAUGUUGUACAGAUCUUGGGUGAAAUAUCUGGGAAUUUGGAUGCAAAAAAAGCAUUAGAUGAAGCAUUGAAGGUUCAUAAGAAGUACUUGAAACAGGCCAAAAAAUCAUAGUUGGAGUUGCUAAUGAUCACUUCAGCAAGCACCUCCUGUGGUUAAAAUCUUUUUUGUUUUUUGUUUUUUGUUUUUUGGUUUUUUUAUUUCAUUUCAUUCUUUUUUACCCUCUUUUGGGUUUUCACUCUCUUUCUUAGAGGUGUAAUUCUUCUUUGUAUUGGUGAUUCAUGUCUGUCUUCUUUCUUUUGAUUCUUGUUUCUAUAUCUCUAUAAGAAAGAGGAGGAUGUAAGUUUUGAUAUGAAAUGUACUUGACGUCAUUUUUGCUCCAAAUAUGUUAUUCCAGAAUGUAAGAAUAUUGCAACCAUGAAAUUGAUAUGAUCAAUGACGUUUCAUUUU